CUCGGUCUGUGCGUGUUUGCGGUGGCGCAGAGGAGGACGUUUUUUGAGCGUGCGGUGCUUGUCCGCCCCCUAACCUCCCUCAUUUCCUCAAUCCUUUUUCCAACUGUCAGCGACGUGAGCGCCAGACGCUCGGCUGUAAUCUGAGGACGAGCUGGAACAUGACGCUUCAAGAUGCAAGUCUUCAUGAUUCUACAAGCUCUCCACAUCAUUCCAGUUCAGUCCAGGUCAGAUUGGGUGGAGAGUGACUGAAAACAUUUGUAAAGCCCAGAUCCAUCCCUUUGUGCUGUAGGACUGAUGAACGAAUGCUGCAGGUGGAGCCAGAAUGAGUGCCAUUCCACUACUGCAGGAGACGCUGAUCAAGCGUUCGCAGCAGAAGAAAAGGACAUCGCCACUGAACUACAAGGAACGGGUGUUUGUCCUCACCAAGACCAGACUAACGUACUACGAAGGAAAACCACAGAAGAAGUUCAAGAGGGGCUCUGUUGAGCUGAGCCGCAUCAAAUGUGUGGAGUUCGUGAGGAAUGGAUGUGACAUUAUCCCCUGCCAGAACAAAUACGCCUUUCAGGUUGUGUACGAUACCAACACCCUGUAUAUUUUUGCUCCGAGUCAGAGAAGCAGAACUCUGUGGGUCCUGAUGCUCAAACAUGAGAUCCAACACAAUGCAGGAGUUCUGAUGAAGUUCCACCCCCAGUUCUGGCUUGAGGGGCUGUGGCUCUGCUGUCGCCAGACAGAGAAACAGGCGAUAGGCUGCGAGGAGUACAAUCUGUUUGGAGACGUCUCCAGAAAACCUUUGCCCCCGAUUCCUGGAGCGGAGAAUAAUCGCCGGCCUCGGCCUCCUCCCGUCCCACAGGGUGCCGAGGACGCCGAGGACGUGGACGAGGACGACGACGUAGACGACGACGAGGAGGAAGAGGAGGAGGAAGAGGAAGUGGUGGUGGCCCUGUACGACUUCCCGGGAUUGGAGUCCCACGACCUGAAACUGGUCAGAGGAUGCGAGUACGUUAUUCUGGAGAAGUGUGAUGCCAACUGGUACAAGGCCCGCAACCAGUACGGCGAGGAAGGUUACAUCCCAAGUAACUAUGUAACAGAGAAGACGUCUGGAAACCUGGUGCAGUAUGUAUGGUUCAGUAAAGAUGUAAACAGAAACAUGGCCGAGGAGCUGCUGAGGAAGGAGGAUAAAGAAGGAGCCUUCAUUGUGAGAGACUCCAGCCAUCCUUUAACCUACACUGUGUCUCUUUACACCAAAACCAGAUCAGGGGUAGGAGGUCCAAUUAUUAAACAUUAUCACAUUAAGGAGACUCAAGGCACACCCAUACAGUUUUAUCUGGCUGAGAAACACCUGUUCAACUCCAUUCCUGAACUCAUCGAGUACCACAGACACAAUGGAGCAGGUCUUGCUGCCAGGUUGAGAUAUCCUGUAAGAAAGCAAGACAAGUCGGCUCCGUCAACAGCGGGCUUCAGCUAUGAGAUGUGGGAGAUCAACCCAAACGAGCUGACCUUCAUGAAGGAGCUGGGCAUCGGUCAGUAUGGCCAAGUGAGGCUUGGCAUGUGGAGGGCUCAGCACAAGGUGGCCAUCAAGGCCAUCAAGGAAGGAGCAAUGUACGAGGAGGACUUCAUUGAAGAGGCCAAACUCAUGAUGAAACUGUCCCACCCCAAACUGGUGCAGCUGUAUGGUGUAUGCAGCCAGCAGAAGCCCAUCUACAUUGUCACAGAGUUCAUGCAGCAAGGCUGCCUGGUGAACUUCCUCAGGCAGAAGCGAGGCAGUUUCAGCCUGGGGUCCAUGCUGAGUAUGUGCCUGGAUGUCAGCGAGGGUAUGGAGUACCUCGAGACAAACAGUUUUAUCCACAGAGACCUGGCUGCUAGGAACUGUCUGGUGAAUGAUGCUCAGGUGGUAAAGGUUUCUGACUUCGGGAUGGCCAGAUACGUCUUAGACAACCAGUACACCAGCACAAAAGGCGCUAAGUUUCCUGUGAAGUGGUCUCCUCCAGAGGUCUUUAACUACUGCAAAUUCAGCAGCAAGUCGGAUGUCUGGUCGUUUGGUGUGUUGAUGUGGGAGGUGUUCACUGAGGGCCAAAUGCCAUUUGAUCAAAGUCUUAAUCACGAAGUUGUUACCAUGGUAACUAAUGGUCAUCGGCUGUACAGGCCUAAAAAGGCCACGCCCGCCUUGUAUGACAUCAUGCAGCUCUGUUGGAACAAUAGGCCAGAGGAGCGUCCAUCCUUCUCUGAGCUUUGUUUGAGGCUCUCCGACGUCUUGGAGGAAGACGUUCUUCCAUUCACCUGAUCACCCAGACUCCUCGUCCUCGCUGCAGAAAAUAACCUGCUCUUCAUGUUUGUCUUAACACGCCAUUUGUGAUGGUGCUGUGGUAUUUGUUUCACCACAAAAGGAAGGACAGUAUUCUGCAAAGUAACGCUGCUUAUUGCAUCAGCAACUGACAGCUGAACCGACAAGCCGAACACAUCUGCUUAUCUUAUCUGCUGGAUCUGUUUUAGGACGACUAACAUGAACUGACGCCAUUCAGUAAACGCUCAACAAGCUCUCAUCAAGGACACACUGACUGUGGAAGUUAAACCGUGCAUACUAACAUGUUUAAAAGAAAUAAAUAUUUUUAUGAAGCCUAAA